GGCGGGCUUCGGACAGCUAAGGGGGCGGCGCCUGCGGGAGGCGUUCCCGGCGGCCGCUCCGGGGUCCGCGAGGCAGCCGCCCUUGGAGCACGCCGAGAGGCCGAGGCCGCACGGCGGGCAGCGGGCCGCUCUUCCUUAGGCGGAGGCGGGGGUCAGCGGGCGGCCGGGCGGGGGAGGCCGAGGCGCUCCGCGUCGCCAGGUUACCGAGCGCCCGCUCUAUCCCCGCCCCUCCGCCCGGGCUGCCCUCGGCGCCGCCUGAGCCGCCGUGCGCGCUGCGCGGGCGCCGACUCCCCGGCGCCUGGGUCGGGGUCGGGGGGCGGGACCCGGCCGCGCGGGGACGGGCCGCCGCGGGCGUGCGGGGCCGCGGGGCCACACCCCGGGGCUCCUCGGCGCUCCGGCUCCGCUGAGGGCGCCCGCCCGGGGGCUUCCGGCGCGAGGCCCGCUUCCUGGGCAAGAUGGCGGCGCCCAGGCGUCUGUGAGCGCCGCGCUGAGGCGCCCCGCGAGGCCCCGAGCCCUCCACCCCGGGCGGUCCCGCGUUUCCCAGGAGCGGCGGGGACCACCAGACUGUUUGCCACAGCAGCUGCACCGCUGGCCAUUCCCAUCCGCUGUGCGCGAGGGUUCUGGUUUCUCCAGAUCGGAGAGAGUGGAAACCUGCCUGAUCACUUCCAGACCCUGGAUCCAGAACCCGUGAAGGAAGCUGCUGCCAUGGUCUGCUGGGCUCUCAGGAGAGUUGGUCUGGCGCGUGCCCACCUGGCCCGGAAGGCCAGCGGAGUCUGCCGGGGCCACGAGCAUCAGCCUUUGGGCCAGAGGCCCUCUGCCCGGGGAGCCCCAGGCAGCGUGGUGGAGCUGCUGGGCAAGUCCUACCCCCAGGACGACUACAGCAACCUGACCCGCAAGGUCCUGUCCAAGGUGGGCCGGAACCUGCACAACCAGCCGCAGCACCCGCUCUGGCUGCUCAAGGAGCGCGUGAAGCAGCACUUCUACGCGCAGUACCCGGGCCGCGCGGGGACCCCGCUCUUCUCCGUGUAUGACGACCUCUCCCCGGUGGUCACCACUUGGCAGAACUUCGACAGCCUGCUCAUCCCGGCCGACCACCCCAGCCGGAAGAAGGGCGACAACUACUACCUGAACGCCACGCACAUGCUGCGCGCGCACACGUCGGCGCACCAGUGGGACCUGCUGCGCGCGGGGCUGGACGCCUUCCUGGUGGUGGGCGACGUGUACCGGCGCGACCAGAUCGACGCGCAGCACUACCCCGUGUUCCACCAGCUGGAGGCCGUGCGCCUCUUCUCCCGCCACCAGUUAUUUGCUGGCAUAAAAGAUGGAGAAAACCUGCAGCUUUUUGAACAGAGUUCCCGCUCUGCCCAUAAACAAGAGACACAUACACUGGAGGCCACGAAGCUCGUCGAGUUUGACCUUAAGCAAACACUUACCCGGCUUAUGACACAUAUCUUUGGAGACGGACUGGACGUCAGAUGGGUGGACUGCUACUUCCCUUUCACUCAUCCCUCCUUCGAGAUGGAGAUCAACUUCCACGGGGAAUGGCUGGAGGUUCUGGGCUGCGGGGUGAUGGAGCAGCAGCUGGUAAACUCAGCCGGAGCUCAGGACCGGAUCGGCUGGGCCUUCGGGCUGGGGCUGGAGCGGCUGGCCAUGAUCCUCUACGACAUCCCCGACAUCCGCCUCUUCUGGAGUGAGGAUGAGCGCUUCCUGAAGCAGUUCCGCGUGCAGGACAUCAACCAGAAGGUGAUGUUCCAGCCUCUCAGCAAAUACCCUGCUGUGAUCAACGACAUCUCCUUCUGGCUACCUCGCGAGAAUUACACGGAGAACGAUUUCUAUGACUUAGUCCGAACAAUUGGAGGAGACCUGGUGGAAAAAGUUGAUCUUAUAGACAAGUUUGAACAUCCAAACCCUUUUCAACAGAGGAAUCAGAUGAUUGAACUUUUAAGAAAACAUUCCUCCCAAGUCUGUUUGGAUGGACUCGUUGGCUGCAGGACCUGGUAUUAUUCCGGGCCGCCGUCUGCUCUCUUAAUUGAAGGGCCUUGACACCGACACUGAAGAGGGAUCGCCCUUGGGGCCGCCGGCGGACAGCCUUCUUUACCGUCUUGUAUUGUUAAUGACUCAGAGAAUGUUUUCCGAUGAGAUCAGAAGCAAUCCACGAAAGAAAAAAUGGAGAGAAUGCGAGCACUUAGGAGAGCAGAGAGGAGGGAUGUGAGAAAUCCUAAAAAAAGACCAGAGCUGGUAUGGAAGAAGGGGCGGGGCUGGCUUCCAUCCCAGCCU